AUGUGCAGAAAAGCAAGUCAAAACGGAGAAAGGAUAGAUAAGGAAGAAUUAUUUGACCAAUUAAAUUCUUGGCUUGAAGCACUAGCAGAAAAUGAAAAACAUUGUUACGAACUAAAAAAUCAAAAUUUGGCACUUAAACGAACAAAUUGUGAAAUUAGAGGGAAAUUAAAGGAAGCGGAGUUGGAACUUUGGAUUUACAGAACAGAGCCUAGAAGGGAGGCGGAAAUAGGGAAUGAUUGUAUAAAUAAAGGGAAAUGGAAGAGAAGUUGUAGUGCCGAACAUAUUGGGCAUAAUGGACCUCCAUUGUUACGUGCUCAACAAUUAAAGAAGUGGAAAGAGGUUGCUGGAACGUGUUUUAGAGAGGUAUUGUAUUAAAUAGAGAGAGAAUCCGGAAAUAUACUCCGGAAAAAGAAAGAAAAUACAAAUUUACAAAUUGUAAACCAGAAGAAGGAAAAUACAAAUUGUAAACCGGAAAAGUACAUAAAAUACAAACUGAAAACCGGAAAAGAUAAAAAUACAAAUUGUAAACCGGAAGAAGGCAAAAGACAAAAAUACAUAAUAUAAACCGGAAAAAAUACAAAUAAUCAGAGGUGGGUCGGAACAGUCAGAGGUGUCGGAAAUCGGAACUGUCGGAAAUCGGAAGGAAAAAAACGUCGGAAAUCGGAAGUCGGAAAUCGGAAUUCCGACCCACCUCUGCAAAUAAUAAGUCGGAAAACGAAAAUACAAAUUGUAGACUGGAAAAAUAAAAA